GUGAAUUUUUAUAAAAGUUUUGUAAAGUAAAAACGAGUCAUGGACGGUUGUUUGGGAUCAGUUCUGCUUCCCAGCAUGAAAGUCCGUCAGAAAAAGCUGUGUAAGGCACUGCAGAAACCAAAAGCACAACCCGUCUUCAAGGAUGCGAGCAACGUCGGAGCACGAAUGUUGGCCAAGUUGGGUUGGUCGGAGGGUAAGGGCCUCGGAAAGAAGGAGGACGGAAUGCUUAAUCCGAUUCUACCACAGCAGAAGCGGGACAACGAAGGUGUAGGAUACGCGGGAGAAGACGACAGUGGCUGGACGCAGCACGAUGCCGGGUUUAACGAGCUGCUCAAACGUUUGAACGGCGGUGGUGAGGAAACCACGGCCGAAGCCGAAACAGAAACUGUGUUGGAUUCAACUACGCAGCUGCAGUCAUUAGAGGAGCGAUCGAAAAAAUCAAGGGCACGGGUGCACUACCGAAAGUUUACACGGGGCAAGGAUCUCAGCCAGGUGAACGAGAAAGAUCUUGCCAACAUUUUCGGCAAACGAUCAAUGGCGGAAAUGAAUAAGCCCGCCAAUGAAGCCAAAAGCAAUGAUGCGUCUGCCGAUGGUAGUGAGCACGAAUCCGAAACGGAGAAAACCAUCUUGGGUCUAACGACUAUCAAGUCGAGCCUGUCGAUGCAGGAAUAUUUUCAGCAGAAAAUGAAAAUGAAGCAGGCGGUUAUGGACAGCGAAACGAUCGCCAUGGACGAAAAUCGGUCUGAUUUGCAUGAUGCAGAACCAGAAAUUGUCAAAACAAAGAAGAAAAAGAGUAAGAAGAAUAAGGAAGUGGUAACUGAAACGCAGCUAGAAUCGUUAGUCACGAAUGAAGAAGCGUCAGAAGAGUCCACCGGAACCACGGAGUUGCCGAAAGAGACCAAGAGAAAACACCAAUCGAAAGAAGUACACAAUCAUGAAGAACCAUCAGAACCGGUCAAAAAGAAGAAAAAGUCGAAAAAAGGCAAAAGCGAGGCGAUUGAAACGGAAUCGACCGAAAACCUCGAUGAAGAUAGAGAAAUUUCUAACGAUUCUAAAACACAGAACAAAAAGAAAACGUCUAGAAAAAGUAAGCAUAAUUCUGAUGAAACGGAUUCGGGACCUACAACAUCCGAGGAGGUUUCCAGUGAGAUUAUGGAUCCCAAUAUGGGUAAUUCUGCCACACCGGAUGUGCCAGAACCGACUAAAAAACAGAAAAAAUCCAAAAAGACGAAGAAGAAGGAAGCGACUUCCGAAGAGGGAUCUCAAGAUCCCCUCGUUGAUGAGGACGCACUUCGCGAGGUUGCUGAUCACGAUGGUAAGGAUCACGGCGAAGCAUCGUCACUGGGUCAACUUGAAAGUUACGACGCUGCUGCGAUCGAGGAAGCUCUAGCCUGCCCGGUGAAGGUGGCGGUGCUGAAGCACCUGGACGAAACGGCCUUUAUCGGCUCUAACUUUGCCAAUAUUAUCGGUUACAGAUUGACCGAGGAUGUGAAACUUGUUCAACGUGACGAUACCAUGCGCCGAAAGCUUGAGAAACAUCGUUUCGCGACGCAGAAGAACGUUUCCCACCACCGGAAGUGGCAGAAGUUGAAAAAAGUGUCUGCUUUUGAAGCUAUUUAGGUGCGCAGAGAGUGUGCCGCAUGUUGCUUUCAAUAAA